CAUACAUCUAUAUAUAAAUCUGUAGAAGGAGAAGAAGGAUUGGAGGCAUUAAGGAAUCAAAAAUGGGGAGAGGAAAAAUAGAGAUUAAGAAGAUCGAAAACGUGAAUAGCCGUCAAGUAACGUUCUCGAAACGGCGCGGCGGACUGCUGAAGAAGGCGAAAGAGUUGGCCGUUCUCUGCGACGCUCAGGUCGCCGUUAUCAUCUUCUCCGGCACCGGAAAACUCUAUGACUUCGCCAGUUCUUGCAUGGAGCAAAUUCUGGCGAGGUACCACCAAACCCGUGGACGCCUACAACUUGCAGCAGCUGAUGAGCAUGCAGAUAAUCAGGUUAUUUUGCAUGAACAACCGACGGUUGAGAUCGAAGCCCUCAAACAUGAGAUCGAAGAGCUUCAUUUGAUGAACAGACGAUUGAUGGGAAAAGAGCUCGAUGAAUUGACCUACAACGAUUUGCACAAAUUAGAACAUCAGCUUACAGAAGGACUUCUCUCUAUUAAAGAUAGAAAAGAGAAGUUAAUCUUGGAGCAGAUGGAAAGAUCAAAUCAACAGGAAAAGAAAAUUGCGCUGCAAAAUGAGGCCCUGCUAGAAAAGAUUGAGGAGCUUAGACAGCAAGCAAGGGUAAGCAACAAUAUUGAAAAUCAUUUGAGUUGGAGCAAAGAUUGUUGCCUUAGUUCGAGUUCAAUGCAUGAAUGGAGAUCCAAGGAAGUUGCUUCAGAUACUUCACUGCGUUUAGGAAUUUCACCUAUUUCUGCUAUUGCUUCGGAGCCUACGAAAAUGCCUAAGCUGGAAAAAUCCAAUGAUGUCAUGCAUCUGGAUUAAUGGUCAUCAUUAGUAUUUAUUUUGUUUUAUUUUUGCUGGUCAAUCAUCAAAACCUGUGGUUACAAUCCUUUUUUUUCCUUUUCCCUUUUCAGAUUUCACUUGUGAGAAAAAGAUGUAUAUGCAUGCAUGCUAUGAUCAUAAUGUUUAAAUUUGUUUUUCAUGCUUUAAACAA